AAGCAAGCUGUGAGAACACUUGAUUUUAAUUACCAAAAACUUAGUUUAGUUUUACAUUAUUGCACGAAACAACAGCUGACAAAAAAUACGAAAAAAAAAUCAUUAAAUCUAUAUAUUUAACUUAAUUAGCAGCGAUUCCAACUGCCGUAUUAACUAGUAUUUGAGUUCAUUUCUUGAUUAAACACAAAGGAGAGCCACAACUGACCCAGAUGGAACACAGAGUGGUUGAUCAGGUUGUUCGCAUACAGCUGCCCGAGGUUGGAGUCGUCGAUGUUGUCCAUGUGCCCGAUGGCGGCAAUGGCGGCGAUGGCGGCGAUGCCGAUGAGGCAUGGGAGCGACAAUUGGAUGAAGUGCAGAUGCAGGUGAUGCGUCUGGAGAAUCCGCAAGUUGCAAUGCUGCUUGAUGCGCCGCAUGAGCCACCAAUUGAAUUGCACCACAUGUUGGAACCUGUGAACGUACCUCAACGGCCGCGCAAGAAACGAAGCUUUUGGACCAUCUCAAAGCCGUUUCCUAUGCAGCCGGAGAGGUGCGCUCUCAUUGCGAAUGGCUGGAGGUCAGUGCAGUAUGUUCAGCCCGAGCAACGCAGCGAAUACUUUGCCAAAUAUUUGUUCGAGCAUUUGAAUAGCAAGAACUAUCCACACGGCGAGGGAUUGCCGAAUCGCUGGGGUCAGUUUUGAGCUCCUUAAAGCUCCUAAAAGCUCCUCAAAGCUCCUUAAAGCUCCUCAAAGAUCGCUGAAAAUAAGCUAAUACUUUGUGCAAAUGACUGAAUAAUGAAUAAACCAAGAGAUACCCAUAAA